AGACGGAAAUCAGCUAGUUGCGCUUUCUCACUACAAGUCCCAGAAUACCCCGCGGCGCCCAGAGCCGUGUAGACGUGAGGCAGAGAGGAAGAUUGAGGAAUUCGUCUGCAGACUUGGAGCUGCGCUGUUGUGAGAAAAAAAAACACAAUGGCCUAGCCGUCCAGCCAGCUGCCAGCAUUUUCUUUCACAUAUGUGCGUGUACUUUGGGUUAUAAGCAGCGGCAAGACAGCUCACUACAACCGAUACUCCGGAGGAGCAGCAGCCACCACAGCAACCAUCCCCAGCAGCCCCUCCACCCCCCCAGCAGACUCUGGCAGUGGGAGCAGGAUGGAGGCAUCAUUCGGUCCGACCUUCUCAGCUGUGGCUGCUGGAGCUAAAGCAGAAGGAUCCAGCAGCUACAAGCAGCACAGAAGAACUCCCUCCUCCUCAAGCACUCUGACCUACUCUCCCCGCGAUGACGACGAUGGAAUGCCUCCCAUCGGUACUCCUCGGAGGUCGGAUUCGGCCAUCUCAGUCCGUUCUCUCCAUUCCGAGUCCAACAUGUCGCUGCGCUCCACUUUCUCUUUACAUGAAGAGGAGGAGGACACGGAGCCUCAGGUGUUUGCUGAGCAGCCGUCAGUAAAACUGUGCUGCCAGCUGUGUUGUAACGUCUUUAAGGACCCUGUCAUCACCACAUGUGGGCACACCUUCUGCAGACGAUGUGCCUUGACUUCAGACAAGUGCCCGGUGGAUGCUGCAAAGCUAACGGUUGUGGUGAACAACAUUGCAGUAGCUGAGCAAAUCGGAGAGCUCUUCAUCCACUGUAAAUAUGGCUGCAGGGCCACGGCCAGCGGAGCGGCCGGGGCUGCAGCGGCCACGGUGGCGGGGAAACCUGGAGCGUUUGAGGUGGAUCCACUGGGCUGCCCGUUCACUAUCAAACUGUCCACGCGCCAAGAACAUGAGGCCAGCUGUGACUACAGGCCAGUACGAUGCCCCAACAACCCCUCCUGCCCCCCACUGCUCACCAUGAACCUGGAGGCUCACCUCAAAGAAUGCGAGCACAUCAAAUGUCCACACUCCAAAUACGGAUGCACAUUCAUAGGGAACCAGGACACAUAUGAGACACACCUGGAGGUGUGUAAAUUUGAGGGUCUGAAGGAGUUUCUGCAGCAGACUGAUGACAGGUUCCAUGAGAUGCAGCUGACUCUGGCCCAGAAGGACCAAGAUAUUGCUUUCUUACGCUCAAUGUUGGGAAAACUGUCUGAGAAAUUAGAUCAGCUAGAGAAGAACCUUGAACUUAAAUUCGAUGUGUUGGAUGAGAACCAGAGUAAACUCAGCGAGGACCUGAUGGAGUUUCGUAGAGAUGCCUCCAUGCUUAAUGAUGAAUUGUCCCACAUCAACGCCAGGCUCAACAUGGGAAUCCUGGGCUCAUACGACCCCCAGCAGAUCUUCAAGUGUAAGGGAACGUUUGUUGGCCACCAGGGUCCCGUCUGGUGUCUCUGCGUCUACUCCACUGGAGACCUGCUUUUCUCUGGGUCUUCUGAUAAAACGAUUAAGGUGUGGGACACCUGCACCACCUACAAGUGUCAGAAAACCCUGGAGGGCCAUGAUGGCAUCGUACUGGCUCUGUGCAUUCAGGGAAACAGGCUAUACAGUGGCUCAGCAGACUGCACCAUCAUCGUUUGGGACAUCCAGACCCUGCAGAAAGUCAAUACUAUUCGUGCCCAUGACAACCCUGUAUGUACGCUGGUCUCCUCCCACAACAUGUUGUUCAGCGGCUCCCUCAAGGCCAUAAAGGUGUGGGACAUUGUGGGUACGGAGCUGAAGCUGAAGAAGGAGCUGACUGGUCUGAAUCACUGGGUUAGAGCGCUGGUGGCCUCCCAGAACCACCUGUACAGCGGCUCAUACCAGACCAUCAAGAUCUGGGAUAUUCGCUCUCUGGAGUGCGUUCACGUCCUGCAGACCAGCGGCGGCAGCGUCUACUCCAUCGCCGUCACCAACCACCACAUCGUCUGCGGCACCUACGAAAACCUGAUCCAUGUGUGGGAUAUUGAGUCUAAAGAGCAGGUGAGGACUCUGACAGGUCAUGUGGGAACAGUUUACGCUCUGGCCGUCAUCUCCACCCCCGACCAGACCAAAGUGUUCAGCGCCUCCUACGACCGCUCCCUCAGGGUGUGGAGCAUGGACAACAUGAUCUGUACACAGACUCUGCUCAGACACCAGGGCAGUGUCACUGCGUUAGCCGUCUCCAGGGGGCGCCUCUUCUCUGGAGCCGUGGACAGCACUGUCAAGGUGUGGACGUGCUAAACAAACAGUUCGCUCUGCAGGACUCCAGAUGACUCCACAUCUCCUUAGGUUUUCCACAUGAUUUCCUCCUCCGCACCCAUUUCUCUGAUUGUGAUUUACACUCUUUAGUGGCCUCAUCACCGGUGCAUUACAGCACAACAGGACAAGCUGCCUUACGCUUGCACCACACUGGACCGACUGGACGCUGCUCCCUGUAAUCAGAGCAGGAAGCAGGGAGGUUGUUAGUUUUUCAGAGAGUAGAAGGUCCUGCCUGCUUCCUACGGACACACCUGCCAUUUAAGAACCGUACUGAUGAUGCCUAUUGCAUACUGUUAAAGUAAGUCUAAAGGCUGGUUUCACAAACAUGCAGUUACACCGUUGCUCACUCCGGUUUUGUUACGAGACUUUUCAAAAGCCAUUCACUCCAGAGAGAAAUCGCACAAUGACAAAGACAAGAAAUUAAAAUCAUGACCAGACUGUUUUAUACAAAUGAAGUAUGCACAGUUUAAUGAUCAAACUGACAUGAAGACUUCCCAGAACGUCUGUUUCCUCAUAUUCCUUUAUGUUGUUCCAGCUGCAACUAAUAACGCUGAUAAUGUCUUUUCUUCGUGCUGCAUCAUUUACCUUCAGUGAAAUUUCUUUGUGAUAAUACAUCCGUUCAGUAGAUGAGGAAACCGUCUUCCUGUUUAACUCCAUGUUUAUGAGCUGAUUCAUUUGUAACAAAAAGGUUUUGUCUUUGUCCAGAUGAACUGAAUUAUGGAUGUGAAGUUUGUACCGGGGAGUUUUCAUGAACUUUAGAACAAACAGAAAAGUGACUUUUAUCGUACCUAUUUUAUCUCACACUCCAUUUUAUCAUCACUCUUGAAGAAGAUCCAGUGAUACAACUUACCCCCAACCUGGCAGAGAACCAGACCUCAGACUACAUCAAGGAGUGUCUUUUCAGAGUCCAACACCAACAGAAAAGUGUUUGACAACACGGCUCUUAUUUUGAUUAUACAAGGACUGAUGAGGUCCUAACAACCAACCCGGUGCCCUGUACUUUAAGGUUUCAGGAAGAAAUGGGGACUGGAUGUUCGAGCUCCCAUGACCCCCCUCAGUAAAUCUGCUGAUCCACGGCCAGGACAGAAGCUGCACUGCUCCUAAGCAGUCUGGUUUCACAAUCAGGUGGACUCUUUAUGACACCCUGGAACAACAUUUCAAGGACAGAGCCGAUGGAUUGGUGCAGUAAUGUGGCCGUUGUACCGGACUUUAGUGGUGAAGAGGGAGCAAAACUCUCAGUUUACCAAGUUGAAAUGAGUUCGGCCUCGGAGAUAGGGGCGAGGAGCUUCACCGUCCAGAGAAAAAGUUGGGAGUUGAAUCAUGACAUGUUUCAGAUUGCUGGUUCCCGGACAAGACCCUGGAGGGAUUACAUAUCUCAUGUGGCCUGUGGACCCCCAGGAGAAUCUGGAAAAUAUUGCUGUCUGGUUGAAGUGCCACUGUGGAUAGGUGGCGCAGGAUGGAUGGAUGGAUGGAGUGUUGGUACCAUUGACUGAGUAGUGUUAAAGACCAGCUGAAGACGUUUCCAGUUGUAGUUAGGGCUGGUCCAAAUAGCAAUUUCUGGGCUCCGGAUAAUCGGGCCCAAUUAAUGACAAAAAUCUGAAUAUUCGGAUACCACCACACUGACCAAAUAUUCGGAUAUUUGCGUCCAGUCCUAGUUCUAAUCAGAUGAAGUGGGUUUCUAUCAAAAAACAUUUUACUUUCAGACAUACUGUGGCUCUGGGCUUUGUGAAACCAGCCUUUAUUAAACACCUUUUAAUAAGAAUGACAGAUCUAUAGAUAUAGAGUUUUAUAUUAGUGCUAUGUUGGACCUGUUUUCAGAGCCACCCAACGCUUGUACAGUUGUGUAAAAUAACAGAUAUUGCCGAGCCUGGACAUGUUCCUCUGACAUGUCUCUCAGCGGCCCGGAGAGACGACGACGGUCUGCGUGCAUGCCACGUGCCUGUUAUUGUGUAUAUGUGAGUGUGUUAACAUGAGUGCCAUAUGUGUGGAUGGAAAGUAAAGAACGGCCGUAAUGAUGUGUCUUUUCCCUCCUCUACCUCCCUCCUUCUUCCUCUCUAACCAUAAUAACCACAGAUUAACACGAGACACGCAGCCCACUGAGUGUAAUUAACCUUAAAACCCCCAGAGGCAGACCAACAGCCACGGAGCUGAAGUCCUGCUUUCCUAAAUUAUGUUCCAGGACCCAUAUUGGGUUGAAAAAAGUGACUAAAUAUGCCUGUUAGGAUUAGCUGAUGAGAUUAUGUCCUUUACAUUUUGACACUUCAAUCAGAUUUUUAAAGAUGUUUUUACUUCCUGUGUAGCCUCGGUGAGGAAGGCAGAGGAAGGGAAGAGGGUAGGAAGUGUCUUCACUGGUCACAGUUUCAGUGAUUUAUUGUAAACUUGUAAUCAUGUAGGCCUGAGUUGGUCAUUGAUCAAUAAAACUGUUGUACACUUUGAGAA